CUACAAAGAAAAUGGCCAGUUAGGCUACAUCUUCAAUUCCACAAGAACACCUGGAAUGGCUCAUGGAAAAAUCUGAGGGCAUCGAGCAUGUCUCAUUGGAAAACUUCGUUAAUAAGUUCGAACUUAGUCAUCAAGAGUCAACGACGGAUGCAUAUCAAAUACUCAUAUCCUAUCAUAAUAUCCGUAAAAACAGAAAACAAAGACUGCAAGAGGCCUUUGAAAUUUUUCGCCAACAUCACGAAGAAAGGUUUUGGGCCAAACUGGAAGUUACAGUUAACUCAGAGGUCGUAGCUAAUCGGGCAUUAGUCUCGGCACAAACUUUUGGUCAACGACAGUCGAAGACCAUUCUUGACCAAUAUAUAUCAUCAUCAACAAACGACAUUAAGACAAAGAGUGAUUUAUCAGGUAUUAAUAGUAACAGCGAAAGGAAGCGCAAAACAGAUAAUUCUGGGUCAACCACAGAUCAAACGAUGGGUCGUGCUCACAAGGAAUCAAGAAGGGUAUCCUUUGGUCGUAGUCUCACACUGGCAGAUCUUUCCACCAACAAUAACUCAGCGAUCAAUGGUGAUGAACGUUCGGAAAGAUCUCUCCAGUCAACCUUUUCUCCUCGGUCCUCUUUAGCAUCACACCUCAUCUCCUCCGAUUCCGGGGAUCUAAGCUUCAGCACCCAAGAAUCUACCCAAUCAUCAUCUAGGAUAUUUUCGUGGGAUUUUUUGGAUGGUGGAGGGUGGAUUGACUCAAAAGUCGACAGCCACUGGGUCCACAAGGGGAUAUCCAUUAGUACCGACUUGAUGAAGUUCAGGAUACGGACUGUCCAGGACAAUGGUGGGUUGACAGAGCCACACCAAAAGUUAGCUGUAAACUUCAUUUUCUUAGUUGGAGAGGAAUAUCAGACUGAUGGUUUACAAGGGGAAGUCAAAGAUAGCACUUGGGAGGCUAUGUGUGAUGCUAUAAAAGAUCCCAUCCAACCACUUUCAGAGGACGUUUCUAUGGAGGCCCUUAAAUGGUUCCAUAGGAUGGCAAAUAAUAAGAUGGAGUCAUUUGAGCAGAUGUUGGAAGCUUCCCUGCCUUCAGAUCCUAAUCUCAAGUCUGUUCUAAGAAACAUUGCCAGUAAUACCCAGUACUGGAGCACCCAAGCACGGAAUGAAAACACAUAUUUGAAAGCGUUGCUUGGACCCCUCCUUGAAGCCUAUUUUGGAAAAAUAAAAUAUGCCAGAAGUGACUGGACUCCAACCCAAGAUGACACAAGGGAUGCAGAGACAUCCACACUCAUCCCAGAUUAUGGGACUGCUACGUCGAUCGGAAAAGAGCAAUAUUAUGCUCUGUUGCUGGAAGGAAAGAUCGCAAGGAACAGUGGACAGCAUCAGAUGUGGGAUGAUCUCACAAAGUUGGGGAAUGAGAUGAAGCUUGCACUCAACUCAAUCCUGAAGCUAUCUCCUUCUGGGGAAGUUUGUGUUGUGGGGAUCCUUGUACGAGGUAUGCGUAUCAUUGUUUCUUGGUGUUUUUAAGUAUCUUGUCUAUUAUUAAUUCUCUCUGAUUUAUUUUUAUUAAUAGAACCAUACAUUGAGUUCUUUUCGAUGCAAAUUUGUGCAGAAGGUACAUGUACAUAUAUUAUGCACAAAUUUGCAUCAGCCUUCAUUCCCUCAGGGGCAUCUAACCCAUUCCCUCUUUUGCGUCUCAUGGAGAUUUGUGAGCAUGCAAAGAAGAAGGUCGAGUGGUGUAUCCACCAGAUCCGCUUGGUCAAGUUCGAAGAAAGCUUGAAUCCAAAGGUGGACCUGUCGUGGCUUCGACCCUCCUUUAACAAGCCUAAGCGCUAUCAGGUCACCGACAGAGCAUAGGGUCUUUUGCAUGUUGUCCAGUGUCAUUGUAGGUUGGUAAUAGAGUGUAAGUCCUGUUCUAAUAUGAGAUAUUUUAUUAAAGCAUAGCAAAAUUCAAAGGCAUGCAUUAAGCGGAGUGAUUACCCUGGGUUCUUGAGUGUGAUGAAUACCGUGUAGACGUCAUCAAG